AUGACUGCGCAAUUAACCGCAGAGAUCAAGCGUUUUCGAGCUUCUGCCUCGAAUCCUCCUCCUUCCACCGGCUGCAUGAAGCACUAUGACGGUCUGGCUCAUGACCAUGACACAGGACAAUAUUCACUUUCGACGGCUCCAAAAGAUGGACUGGACUUCGAACGCUCCAGCGCCUUGCACAACGCCAUCGUCCGCCAUGGCUGGGUUGCCCGAGGUCACCAUCUAUCCGAGUUGCCGCAAAGGACAUAUUGGGAACGAUGGGCGCCGACUCUGACCCCGUACCAACUCGAGAGUCUUCGCGAGAGGUUGCAUCCAAGCGUUCUAGCAUUUCUUCAGCAGGCGCUCGAAUUGCCAGAUUUCUAUCCUGGCACGUUCCAGCCACCGGUCUUCUUCUACCAUCUCGUGGGUCUUAGUGCUCCGUUGGAGCUCUUUGCGAACCAUGAAGAAACUGAGGGUGAUCGGUAUGUUACGCUGUAUAGUCUGCAAGACGCAGUGGCGACAGAGGGCAGGCUGGCGGGUGGUGUGGUGUACGAUCAAGUUCGGCAUGAAUGCGCUCUGAUAAAAGAUGUGGACGAUACUCCAGCCUUGAGCUUCGAAGAGCGCCAGCUCUCCUGGAAGCCCCUGGAAACGAUCCUAACCGAAUAUUGUGACAUGAUCGAGGCGGACAAAGUGGUGGCUCUUCCAAAAAGCGUGAAAGGACCAGAGCCAUUCGAGUAUGUUCGAAGUCCAGCAGGAGGCUACGCCAUGAAAGCGAUUCCAGAGCAGGAACUUCGAGAUCCUAGGACUGGCGCCAGGAGGACGGAGAAGACAUCUGAUCCUUGGGUGAUGGUCCCCUUCACCUCCAAGGAUGUUGAGAUGGCGGUUGUGGCAUGGGACCGUCUGAUCGAAGUGAUUGAAGCCCGGAUGCCAAAGCAGAGCUUUGUCAAAAAGUGUUGUCGAGAAAGUGUGUAUUCGGUGAAGACUCCGGGACGAGCGGGUCUGCGACGAGACAGCUUCGCCUUCUCCUUCCUCAGUCGAGCUGCAAAACCAGGAUUCUCGAAGAUAGCUCCCGGGCUGAGACUCUUGACCGCAGAGGAAUUCGUGCAUCAGCCCUUCCAGGAUGUGACACUUGGCCAGGCGUGCUCAACACCACCCAUCCUGCUGCUCAAGAAUGACGAUCUGCCAGAUGAAGAGCGCCGGCUGGAAGUCAGAGACGAAGUUCCUGCGGGACUGUGCCUUGGAGAUUGCGAUGCCGACAAGGCAUUUCCGUACGAGAACGUGGUCCGAAUGGUAGGUCCUAUUCAGGGCCUCCUUGGCAGGCCAGAUGAGAAACCGGAUGAAUUGCACGAGCUCCCAAGAGCGAACGAACUGCACAAGAUCCUGGAAAGAUUCAGUGACUUGGUGGAAAGUGGCCAAUGGAUCGUAGGCCCGGAUGGAGUCGAAAGCAGAGCCAUGCAUAUUGAUGACUCGUAG